GGAACGGUCGCGAGUCAGUCGCGUGGACGGGACGUGUGAGCAUAUACGAGCUUCCAUCACAAGCCAUGAGACGGCUAUCAAGCAUUGCGGUGCUUCUGUUCGCGGCAGUGACACUGGGUCAAGGCUACAGUGGCGUGCCUCGAACGUACAAUCUCGAAACGGAGGAGGACCGGUAUGGGAAAUAUGAGCGGGUACUGCUGGGACUGAAAUCUUCCGAGGGACUAAAUCUGGAUAGUAAGGUUCUGGAUAAGAUACGGGAUGUGAUCUUCGAGGAGGAAGCAUCCAUGCCUUUGAAAGCUGGAGAACGGCUGGUCGCGGUUCACCUGGGACGGCCGAAGCAAUCGCGGGAGAUUGCACAGUUGCAGUAUAAGAAUAGGAUAAGAUAUUAGGUUUACUGAGAGGUUUAUCUUGCUAGUACAAAGUUAGAGCACUUUUCCAGACUG